CCAGCCGUGAUCAUUCCGUGCUGUGCAUAGAAGAGAUAUUUACGACCAAGGAUUGUGCAGCGCUCGGAUUUUUCUACCCCCUACCAAUAGGACUUUUUUCCAUGUCCUCCAAAAUGGAUCAGAGGCACAAAAUGACAAGGACAGUGUUGCUGCUCGCCCUGCUGGGAAUCUCCUCUGCUGCAUCUCCAUCUUCCCCAUCUUCCUCCUCCUCGUCAUCGUCUUCGUCGUCUGCCGCAGCUGUCACGUCGACCAAACGAGAUGACUUCAGCGCAGCAGCUUCGGCUAGUCACCCAGUUUACUCGCCGUCUUCUUCGUCUUCAUCCUAUGGUGGUUCAUCCGGGUACCCUUCGAGUGCUGGCGGCUACGGCGGCACCAGCGGAGGCUACGAUGCUCAGGCUUCCAGCACGAACUAUCAGAGCCAACCCAGUCCAAACAACAACCUCUAUUACUACUACUACCCUGGCUCCAAGAAUAGCCACCAGGCUUCCAGCGGUGGCUCCGAGUCAGACUACCAAGCAAGCGCGGCACAGAACUACGCCAGUGUGUCUUCGGGAUCAGCCGGGGGCUACGACCAAAGUGGCAGUUCUUCUUCCGGCUAUGGCGGCAGUUCCGACGGAAGCUCCGGCUACGUCCAGAACUCGGCUGGUGGCGCUGACGCGUACAAUGCCGCUGCAGCUGCGACGUACCAGCAGCAACUUCAAGCAUAUGCCGCGAGCCAGCAGUCUGGCGGAGGCUACAGUCCAGCACAGUACGCUCAGUUAGCGCAGUUGGCACAACAGUACGGACCACAGAUCGCCGCAGCUCAACAGCAGUACGCCCAGUACGCGCAGCACGCUCAGCAAGGACAUCCAGGAUCUCAUUACGGAAAUUAUGCCGGUGGGUCACCGUCUUACCAAGGAAACUACGACACUUCCAAGAGAUACUACGGUCUGGGUUCCAUGAUUAUGCCCCUCCUGGCUCUGGCGGGUCUCGGUCUCCUGAUUCCAACAGUGACCAGUCUGAGCGGCAAGAAGAAGAGGUCUGUGGACGAUCCUCGUACCAACAUCGGAGAUUACGCAGAGAGGCUGGAGAAGUACUUCAAGAUCUACAGAGCGGCCGUUGAGAGUGAAGAGUGCAUGAACAGGAUCGUCUGUGAGCUGGGCGAUGCCGUCAGCGGUGUCCGCGGCAAAUCGGCUUUCUUGGCUCUCCUCCCUGACAGAAUCAUGGAGAAGUUUGCCCCUGGAUGGAUGACCAACAAGAUGGGAGUCUUCAAGUCCGCCGCCCUCACUUCCGAGUCGACCAAGUGUGUUCGGUACAAGUGCUAACCCCGUAGGAGCCUUCAAACAAAUGAACAUCCCCACGAUCUUCACUUCCCACAAAACCGAACAAACAGCUGACUACUUAAGCGCUCAAAUCAAACUCGUUUCCAAUCCUGCACUUCAUGUUGCAAGUACCACACUGGGUGCGGAAAGUAACAGUGAGGUGCUGAGUUGUUUAUCAUCUGGUCUAAUUUAAGUCCCCUUUAUCUUGUAACUUCGGCUGGGCCGACUGUAGUCACCCCUUCACGUCCCAUGGCUGCACUAAUCAAUCAAUCAAUCAAUCACUCAUACCAUCAUCUCCAUUUUUUUUUUGUCACACCCUUCGCAUUUGUCAUCGACUUAAUUGCACAUAUUUGCUCAUCAUAAUUCUGUAGUCUCGUAUUAGAAUACAAGCCACACGAUGUUGACGUCGUUCUUGAAAGGUUAUGGGGGAGCAUUGGGUUUUGAUCCUUGUAUCUGGGCUUGCAACUUCUACGAUGCAAUAUUUGUUUUUUUUUGUUUUUUUGUAUGACUACGAUUACAAAUAUUUCAUUUGCACAAAGCUCUCUAGAAAUAAGUUGCUCCACUAUUUAUAUACUGCAUAGGGCCCUUUCACAUGGAAGUACCCGCUGCUAAAAACGAUACGAGAAUUGAAAUGCAAGGCGCUACCCUUUUCCCUUUCCUUGUUCAUGUAGGGCAUAUUUAUUUAUUCACAUAUCUUAGCUGUGUUAUGCCAUGGAUCUACUCUUGUCUGAAUGUGAAUGAAAUAAAAAUGUACCUCGUAUUUCCUAAGGAAAAACGCA